ACUUUUGUGGGAGUAGAGUGCCUGUCGGGCAGACUCUGUCCUGCCUGUGAGCCCAGCUACCUGCAGUGACGUGAGCCACCUCCCCAGGGAAUGGGUAGCCUGGGAGGCCAGCUUCCCCCUUACAGGGCCCUAGUGUAUAUAAAACACUAGGAGCCUGGCAGUCUGUCUGCCUGUGACUAUAGCACUCUGAGCUUGGACACCCCAGCUUUGAGGCUGCUGCUAAAAUGGCGGAGACUAACCUGAGAAUCAGUGGCGGGGCGGUGAGGUUCGGGGCCACCUAUGGGGGCAACAGGCUCUUCUCUGGGGGCAGGAGUGGUGGAGGUGGCGGUGUAGGGGCCGGAAUGGCCCUCUCCAGAUCUUUUGGAAUGUGCGGGGGUGGAAGAGCGGGACUCGGUAUGAGAGGAGGGCUCGGGAUGGGGCUAGGCAUGGGAAAUGGGAGAGGCCUGGGUAUGGGGUUGGGAAUGGGUGGUGGAGGUGGAGGCGGUCUUGGGAUGGGCAUGGGAAUGGGUGGACGUGCCCUGGCUCUAGGAGCCGGCGGUGGAGGUGUCAGUGCAGCAGGGUUCAGGUCCGGCGUGGCCCCACUCAGGGCUCGCUUGGGCGGCCGCGUCUUCAAGAUCGGAGACUAUGGCUUCAACCCGUCUUUCCUAAGCUCCACCGCCGCAGUGGGUGGUGACGUGGGUGGUAUCAGCCCCGUGCCUAGCAUCGACCCCUCGCUGCCCUCCCUUGACACAGUCCAGGUGACCCGCCUAAAGGAGAAGGAGGAGCUGCAGGUCCUCAAUGACAAGUUUGCCACCUUCAUUGACAAGGUAUGUCACGCAAACAUUACACACGGCAUACAGGCAAUAUCUUUAAUGUCUAUAAUUAAUCAUCAAUGAACAUUUAUGUUGGUAUUUAGCCACUAUGCUUCAGACUUUUCAUUAAUUCAUUUAAUUAAUUCAUUAAUUUUAAACCAUUACACAUUAAUAUUUUAAGUGCACUUUAAGAAUACAAUAAUUAGCUAUGCUUCUUCUUAAUUUGUACUCGAACCACCAAAUUAAUUAAACUCUAUGUACUUCUGCUUGAUCAAAUUAAUGAACAUUAUGUUGAUCAGUAUCCUCUACCCAUCAACAUCCUACACACCCUAAUCCUCUCAGGGCGUGACCUUUUAUAACCUAGGAGGAUUUCUCAUACAGAUGUGGAUUGACCUAUGCAUAAUUUAUGUUUGUGCUUAAACCAGUUGAGGAUAGUAUUAGAUUGUCCUGGUUUUGGAAUUGACAGCAAUGCUCAUGUAGGCAGUCAACAUUGUUAUCGGUUGUACACUGAGUGUACAAAACAUUAGGAACACCGUCAUAAUAUUGAGUUGCACCCCCUUUUGCCCUCAGAACAGCCUCAAUUCGUUGGGGCAUGGACUCUACAAGGUGUCGAAAGCGUUCCGCAGGGAUGCUGGCCCAUGUUGACUCCAAUGGUUCCCACAGUUGUGCCAAGUUGGCUGAAUGUCCAUUGGGUGGUGGACCAUUCUUGAUUCAGACGGGAAACAGUUGAGCGUGAAAAACCCAGCAGCGUUGCAGUUCUUGACUCACUGAAACCGGUGUGCCUGGCACCUACUACCAUACCCCGUUCAAAGGCACUUAAAUAUUUUGUCUUGCCUAUUCACAAUCUGAAUGGCACACAUACACAAUCCAUGUCUCAAGGCUUAAAAAUCCUUCUUUAUCCUGUCUCCUCCCCUUCAUCUUUCAUCUACACUGAUUGAAGUGGAUUUAACAAGUGACAUCAAUAAGGGAGCAUAGCUUUCACCUGGUCAGUCUGUCAUGGAAAGAGCAGUGUUCUUAAUGUUUUGUUCACUCAGUGUAUUUUGUGCAUAUGAUUUGAUCUGACUAAAUACAAAAGAACAGACCCACUGGAAUGAACAUCAAUGUCCAAAAGCAAUCAAGCUCAUUGAAAUUCAGACCCAUUCUUGAAGAGGAACACCAGACUGUAUUUCUAUGUGUGUACUGUAUUCAUCGAUCUGGCCUCCCUCUCUCUCUCUUUCUCUCCAAUGGUCUGUGGUCCCCAGGCUCGCUCUCUGGAGCAGACCAACGCUGUGCUGAGGACCAAGAUCGCCAUGUUCACCAACCCGGAGCAGAGCGGCCCUGCCAGCACCUCCAUCCUGCUCACCUCUGCCAUCGGUACCUACAAGACCCAGAUUGAUGGCCUGUCCGCCACCAAGGAGGCCAUCGUUGCUGAGAUUGAGCACUACAAGAGCAUCAUCCACAAUGUCCAAAGCAGGUGGGUGGGUUAGCGUAGGGUUAGGGUAGAUUACCUCACAAUACAGUGGCACCAUAAUGAAAUAAACAUAGACCUUAUAAUACACAAUCCAGUGAGUAUAGUGACCCCACAAUUCAGUACAUAGACUAUAUACACAAUACAGUACAUAGACUAUAUACACAAUACAGUACAUAUACUAUAUACACAAUUCAGUACAUAGACUAUAUACACAAUACAGUACAUAGACUAUAUACACAACACAGUACAUAUACUAUAUACACAAUACAGUACAUAGACUAUAUACACGAUACAGUACAGUUAAUAGUGUCCCCACAACACCACACAUUACACAAUGCAGUGAAUCCACAAUACAGUACAUACAGUGGGGUCUAGUGUUUAAUAAGUCACUGAUCUGCCUGCUGCACCAGGUCUGAGGAGAGAAAGCUCUCAGCCUCAUGUAAAUGUGGUGACUUUGCUUUAUAAUUACCUCAGCAGAUCAGUGCAUUUAAUGCUCAGUUGGUGCAAAAUCCAAUAAUAGCCUUCAUUGUCUCCAGCAGCAGAUUCUUUAGACUUUUGAUCCAAAGAGAAUCUGCAUCCUACCAACACACAACUUGAGAUUCAAUUGAUGCUGUGAAAAUGAAUAACAAAUACCCACAUUUGUUUCAGCCGAGUACACAAUAUAUUAUCCUUUAAACUCAUGAAGCAGAAUUGUAGCCAUUGAUGAUAUAUGAAACCUAAUGCAUAUAUUUGACUGAAAGUUAAUUGAUAUAAAACCUUCUAUUGGUUUUAUGUUGAAAGGUUUGAGGAGGAGACAGCCCAAACCAAGUCAUUAGAGAUGGACUGGACCACAUUCAAAGAGGUAUGGAUACAUCAUGGUGUUAUGAAACUACCAAAGGAUUAUUCAAACAAUUGAAAUAAUGAAUCACAUUCUGUUAUGGCUACUAAAAACACUACUCUCAUGCUUUAACAGGAGGUGGACAAUCUCUACCUGAGCAUUUUCGAGCUUCAAACCAACAUUGGCGGACUGGAAGAUCAGAUCGGUCUCUCAAAGCAGGUGUAUGACACUGUGAGUAUAUGAUGACAAACUCUUUUACUGGAAAACUCAAGAGAAUAACUUUCUCACAGGAAACAUGAAAAAUUGUAAACGUUUUUUUCCUCUUGGUUCACAUUUGUAUUAGAAUUAUACAUAUGCACUGUUCCUUGUCUGCUCCUGUACUCCACCAGUAAAAGCAUUCCUUCCUUAGCCCUCUGGAGAUGCUCCCUUGCCCAGGCACUGCAUUAAAAUGUCUCUCCAUCAAUUAUGGAGAUUCAGACAAGCUGACAGCCAGCACUCAACACUAAGCACUGCUGCUUCUCUCUCUCUCGCUCUCACUAAAAUCACCCAGAUGAUCACCGCUGCUGAACCCAGACCUUCCAUAAGUGUUCACAACAUUAUUCAUUCACAUUACAGAUCCUGUGUGACUCUCUCAGUACACUAUCUGCAUCCUAAAAUGGCUUAAUUGGUACACAGGAGGGACAGUGUGGGUCUAUUAGUCUAACAACACCGUUGCAGUAGAUUACAGUAUACAUGGGGAUCAAAAAAGAGUACGGUACAUUUACCUAAGCGAUAUUGGGAAGUGUUCAAAUAAAGGCAACAUGCCCAACAGAUGUUGUGCCUAAUGUGUUUUCAGAGUUCAGUUGUGAGUCUGUCACUGCUCAGAUAUACAGUACUACGCAUAUUUUAAAAGCUGUAUUAUGUUGCCAUAGCCACAAGGAAGAUUAAAUCAAUUGCACAUUAGACAUAACACAUUUCCUGUUGUGCUUUGUGUGGUAGAAAGUGAAGGAGGUGAGGAACAUCGUGACGGGCAGUGUGAGGUCAGCCUUCUCCAUCUCGGUGGACAACGCGGCCCAAGCCCAGGACCUGACCUCUGCCCUGUCGGACGUCAAGGCCCACUACGAAGCCCUGGCCCAGCGCAGCAAGCAGGACGCCCUGGUGUCUGUGCAGGACAGUGUAUGUACCCUUCAGCGACCGACAGUAUCUAGUCUGCAUUUUGUCUAUUGGUCCAUCUAGUAUUGUUAACGUCAUACGGCAUUAUCUCAAGUGUGCCAGGCAGUAUCUACCGAUAACUAGUUGCAAAAAUUAUAACUGGUUUUGCAAACACCAUUGGAACCAGUACAACAUCCAUUAUCUCUCAUUCCUAUCCGUGUUGCGGUCUCCCCCGAGUGGAUGUUCUUAGUAUUGCACUCAGAAUACACUGUUUUAGCCUAUAUUGUCUUCAUCAUCCAACCCCAAAUGUUAUGUUUAUUUCUCAAGUUUGCUUAGACUUCUAAGACUAGUGAAGGCACCAUGAAAAUGUAACAUCUCCUUUUUAUCAUUUCAAAUCCCAGCUCUCCAUGAUGUCCAUGACAUCCCAGCCCAGUAUCCAGUCUCUGACCCAAACCAAGGAGGAGCUGUGCAUGUACAAACUCCAGAUCGACUCAUUACAGAGGGAGAUCGACAGGCUCAAGACCCUGGUAGGAACAUUACCUUGUCUAUCCUAAAGCCAAUCUGAGCUGUAUAUGCAAUUCACUGGAAUUAUACAUUGUCUCAAAGAAAAUGUGUUUAAUUGAUUUAAUAAAUUACAGUAUGAGGGUAAGUAUCCCAGUAGUAUCUCAUGACAACCUAAUGCUCACCACAGUGUGUUAAUACUCAGGACGGAUCUCUCCCGUUGUAGAACAUCCAGUUGGAAUCUCAGGUGGAUGAGGCAGAGUCCCACUCCAGCUCCCACACAGAGACCUAUCUGGAGCAAGUGCUGACCCUCAAGUCACAGCUGGAUGACAUCAGAAAGGUAAGGAUGGGGUACAGAGUCCUCCACAAGUAUACACCAGCUAAAAAACAUACACUAAUUUCAACACUGAUAUGAGCCACUUUCAUGUGCAGUAUUACCCAUGAAUCAUGCUCUUCUUACAGCAAAUAACACACUAUGGUCAAGAGUACCAGGAACUCCUGGCCAGUAAAAUGUCUCUGGAUGUUGAGAUCACUGCAUACAAGAAGCUUCUGGACAGUGAGGAGACCAGGUAAGAGAGUAGGGUCUCAUACAUCAUCCAAAUGUUCACCCAUAUAAGCGCUGAUUGACGCUCUCUGAAGUACUACGCCUAUAUCUAUGAUAGUAAUGUAUUUGUGAUGCGUAUCGUUUCAGACUGAAGUCAGGAGGAGGCGUGACCGUGCACAUGUCUAAGACAGCCAUUGGAGGAGGGGGAGGUGGGGCUGGGCUGGCUCUGGGAGGAGGAGGAGGUGGGGCUGGGCUGGCCCUGGGAGGAGGAGGAGGUGGGGUUGGGCUGGCCCUGGGAGGAGGAGGCGGUGGGGCUGGGCUGGCCCUGGGAGGAGGAGGAGGCAGUGGGAUGGGUCUGGGCGGUGGCUACGGAAUGGGCAUGGGUGGAGGCCUAGGAGGUGGCUUUGGAGGGGGUCUGGGGUUAGGAGGAGGUGGAGGCAGUGGGUCCUUUGGAGGCGGGAGCAGCUACAUGUCCUCCAGCCUGAGCAGCAGUGCA